CCGCGGCCAUUUCGCAGCAACGAUGGCCGCACUCGCGGACAUACGGUGUGCAUGCGAAGCCUGCACGAAAAUUCGUUCAACUGUCGACCGCAUAUUUUGCAUUUUAGACCUGUACGGUUGGUUAUUAGAUUCUUAUGUCGUGGACUUUUUCGAGGAGAGAUUAUGGGACAAAUUGCCGGAAAGUUGGAGAUUCGCUUUGCAAAAUACGUCUCCGCAAGAGUUCGGCAAAUGGUUGUCGGGAGACACCUCUUGCACCCAAGUGUGGCCUUUGUCGUUACUUGCGCUUCGUCAAGCGACUAACAGUUUGCAAAUUAAUAGAAAUCACGAGGAUCCAGAGGGCAUUAUAUCUUGCAAAUUGAAUAAUAUAAUGCAGGAGAUUGAUGAAAGAAAAUUGAGUGAAGGCAAAGUGAAUGUAACGAAUGAAUCUAGUCUCCUAGAUAGUAAAUUCGAUAAAUUAUUCUCGAAGCAUAUAAAAAAGAAAAAGAAAUACGAAAUACAAGAAAUAGCUAGAGUAUGCGCAAACUGUGCUUACGAUUCUAAUUGUAAAUGUAUUGUCGAUAUCGGGGCUGGAAUGGGUCACUUGGCACGUAUCUUGGCAUUUCAACAUGGAUUCUGUGUUACCUGUAUCGAACAAGAUUAUACGUUGUUACAACAAGCUAGAAAAUGGGAUCAAGAAUUAUUGCUGUCUGUAAAAAAGCAUUUACCUAAUUUUGAUGAGAAGAGUCCACAGCAUUAUCCAGCUAAAUUGGAGUUAUCUAAUUUAGUCGAAUCAGAAUUGGUCAGUCAUUUACAAGAUUUAUUUCAGAAUGGAUUUAAUUUAACCAAAACAGACACUACAUUUGGUCUUGUAGGACUUCAUCCCUGCGGUGAUUUAGCUCCUUUGUUGUUAAGGUUUUAUACCUCCAGAAGCGAAGCCAAAUUCAUUUGUAUCGUUGGAUGUUGUUACAUGAAAUUAACUUUAAGAUCGGAGAUAGGUCGAUCGAAGGGUUAUCCACUUAGCCAGUACCUGAUAUCGCGUAAAGAUAAUGCAUUGAGUUACAUGUCGUUGGAAGUAGCAUGUCACGCCAUAGAAAAGUUCUGUGAUAAAUUGAAGACUGGGAAUUAUGAAGAUUUAAUAGUACACACUUAUAGAGCAGCGUUAGAAACCAUUUUAGUCAAGAAAACCGAAAAAUUGCGACAUAGCCAAUUAAGGAACGUCAAGGUAACAAAAGGCAUGACGUUUCAACAGUACUGCAUUGCAGCAACGUCGCAUUUUGAGACUCGCUUACAACCAGAAGACAGCGAAAUUAAUAAUUCAGAAAUUGCCGGCCACUUAAAUUGCUGGCAACAAGUUCUAAUGUUCGGGUCGUUACGAAUAAUGUUGGCGCCAUUAGUAGAGACAGUUGUGCUGCUCGAUAGAUUUUUAUUUCUAUCCGAAAACAACUUAUCCCCAACGUUGAAACCCGUAUUCGAUGGCAAAUUGUCGCCACGGAAUCUAGUGCUAAUGUCUAGGAAAAUGAAUUAGUCGAUUAAUCGUUCCGAAUUUACCCCCUCGAUAGCUGUUUCGAACACGAAUCGAUCCGCCGCAACGGAAAACAUUUCCGGAAUCGCAGUUCCCGCGUCCACGAAUCAAAGUUGGCCCGACUUACAAUGUGCCUUUGAUUGGACAAUACCAUUUAAUUACAACUCUCGAUGAACAA